AGCAAACCGCCGGCAUCUAUAACCCUCUUCUGGUAACCCUCCUUUUUUCCUCCCAUUCUCACCUUGAAGGAAGGGUAUCUCGAAGUGUAGAUCAAGUUGAGAACACCCGGGAAGAGGCGACAGCCGCACACCACAGCACUGUAGUUAAGGGCUCCUGUUCUAUCUAGACAGUCAUUGGCCAAACAGUCCUCUGCCAAUCUGCCAUCGGCGGACGAGUCCUCUCCCAACCAGUCCUUGGCAGCUAGUCCUUGGCUAAUCAGCCAUAAACCAACUAGUCAUUAGCCAACCAGGCACAAAUCAACCACACAUGAACCAACCAAGCACCAGCCAACCGGAUGCAAGCCUACCUGUAACGAACUAACCAGGCACAAGUCAACCCGGCAUGAGUCAAGGAAGCAUGAGCCAACCAGGCAUGAGCACAAGCCAAAAUGGUAUGAACCAACCAGGCAUGAGCCAACCAAGCACAAACCUAGCUAGUAUGAAUCAACCAGGUAUGAGUCAACAAAGAAUGAGCCAACCAGGUACAAGCCUACCCGCUAUGAACCAAGACAGCACGAGCCAACGAGGCACGAGCCAAGCAGAUGUGAAUACAAACUUAACUGUUAUGAACCAACGAGGCAUGAACCAGCCAGGCAUGAGCCAACCAUGCACAAGCCUAACUGGUAUGAGCCAAUCAGGUAUAAGCCAAGGAAGCAUGAGCCAACCAGGCACCAGCCUACCUGUUAAAAACCAACCAGGCACAAGUCAACGAGGCAUGAGCCAACCAGGCACGAGUACAAGCCAAAAUGGUAUGAACCAACCAGGCACGAGCCAAGGAGGCAUCAACCAACCAGGCAUGAGCCAACCAAGCACAAACCUAGCUAGUAUGAAUCAACCAGGCAUGAGCCAACAAAGGAUGAGCCAACCAGGUAUGAAUCAACCAGGUACAAGCCUACCUGGUAUGAACCAACCAGGUAUGAGCCAAGGAGGUAUGAGCCAAUCAGGCACCAGCUUACCUGGUAUGAACCAACCAGGCACUAGCAAACCAGGCAUGAGUCAACAAAGCAUGAGCCAACUAGGCACGAGCACAGGCCUAACUGGUAUGAAUCAACCAGGCACAAGCCAAAGAAGCACGAGCCAACUAGGCAAGAGUCGGUCAGGUACAAGCCUACCUGAUAUGAACCAACCCGGUAGGAGCCAACGAGGCAUGGGCCCAUCAGGCACCAGCUUAACUGGUAUGAACCAACCAGGCACUAGCCAACCAGGCACGAGUCAACGAAGCAUGAGCCAAGCAGGCAUAAGCACAAGCCUAACUGCUAUGAACCAACCAGGCACAAGCCAACGAAGCAUGAGCCAACCAGGCCUGAGUCAACUAGGUACAAGUCUACCUGGUAUGAACCAACACGGUAUGAGCCAACGAGGCAUGGGCCAAUCAGGCACCAGCUUAACUGGUAUGAACCAACCAGGCACAAGCAAACCAGGCACAUGUCAACGAAACGUGAGCCAAUCAGCCAUGAGCACAAGCCUAACUGGUAUGAACCAACCAGGCAGGAGCCAAGGAAGCAUGAGCCAACCAGGCAUGACUCAACCAACCACAAGCCUAACUGGUAUGAACCAACUAGGCACCAACCAAGGAAGCAUGAGCCAACGAGACACCAGCAUACCUGCUAUGAACAAAUCAGGCACAAGCCAACUGGGCACGAGUCAACAGGGCAUGAGCCUACCUGGUAAGAACCAACUGGGCACAAGCCAACGAGGCAUGAGUCAACCAGGCAUAAGCCAACCCAGCACGAGCCUAUCUGGUAUGAACCAACUAGUUAGAAGCAAACCACGAAAGAGCCAAGCAGGCAUGAGCCAACCGGGCAGUAGUCAAUCAGGCAUGAACCAACCAAGCACAAGCUUACCUGACACAAACCAACCAGGCGUGAAACAACCAGGCACGAGCCAAGCAAGCAUGAAGCAACUAUGCAUGAGUUCUUUCAGGAUAAGACCUGCAGAGGCUCGAGACUGCCCUGAAAUACUGCGCCUGAUUAAAGAACUGGCUGCUUAUGAAAACAUGCUAGAUGCAGUGACGGUAACAGAAAUGGAUUUACUCAGGGAUGGCUUUGGGGACAAUCCCCUUUUCUACUGCCUGAUUGCAGAAGUACAAAAUCAACAUAAACCAUCAGACACAGUGACCAUUGGAUUUGCCAUGUACUACUUUGCAUACGACCCCUGGAUUGGCAAGUUACUUCACCUGGAGGACUUUUAUGUCAUACGAGCUUAUCGAGGCCUAGGUAUCGGAGCUGAAAUGCUGAAGAGGCUAAGUCAGAUAGCCAUCAGAAGCCAGUGCAACUGCAUGCACCUCCUUGUCGUUAUUUGGAACCAGGCUUCUAUUGACUACUAUACUCAUCGGGGGGCUUUAGACCUUUCCUCUGAGGAGGGCUGGCACCUGUUCAGAUUUAAUAGAGAAGAACUCAUGGAAAUGGCAGGGGAAGAAUGAAGAAGGAUGCGUAACAACACAUCCCAACACAGGCCUCAACAUCUGAAUGUCACCUGAGUUCAACGACAGUUUGGCUUUGAAUGUUGUACAAUACAAAUGAUGAUAACAGUCUGGUUGGAGUAGAUCUUUUACUCUGAAGUAGAUUUUGCAGCUAUGGUCAACUCCCUAUUAUCCCAAAUCAUAUACUCAUGGCUAGGAGCACUGCUGAUAACCCAAAUGAGCAGGUAAGUCAAAAAUCACUUAUACUUGACUUUAAGCUUUUUUUUACUUGCCGUAUUUCACCAAAUUUAAGAUUUUUUUCCCCACAUUUUAACAUCUGAAAUCGGGGUAAGCAUAAUGAUCAACUGGCAGCCUUUUCUCUCUUAGAGGUAAAUAGUAGCAUCUUAGAACCCACUGCCGUUGAGUCGAUUCUGACUCAUAACGACCCUAUAGGACAAGUAGAACUGCCCCCAUAGGGUUUCCAAGACCGUAAAUCCUUAUGGAAGCAAACUGCCACAUCUUUCUCCUGCAGAGCAGCUGCUGGGCUCGAACGGCUGACCUUUAGGUUAGCAGCCGAGCACUUCACCACUGCGCCACCAGGGAUCCUAA